AUGGGCGUUCGUAAUCCCACUCCGGAGAAAUCAGUAUCAGGCGCCCAUCUCGAGCCUUGAGAAAGCGAGAUGAAGUGUGUUUGGGUGAUUCUUUUCCUCCACUGGUCUCUCUCAGGAGGUCAGGAGUUUAACAUGGAGGGUCCAGAUGUGCCUGUUGUUGCUGCUCCUGGUUCUGACAUCAUUUUGCCGUGUUCCAUCAAACCCAAAGCCUCUGAACAAUCCCAUGUGAGUGCUGUGGACAUGGAAGUGAAGUGGAGCAGAACAGACCUGAAUAGCGCAGUAGUGCAUCACUAUAUGGAUAAAAUAGACAAGAAUGAAGAUCAGGAUCCUUCAUACAGAGGGAGAACAGCUCUGUUCAAAGAGGAGCUACAGUAUGGCAACACCUCACUGCUACUGAAGAACGUUAAAGUGUCUGAUGGAGGACAGUACACAUGUCAAGUUGAUUCUGCCCAUCACAAAGAUCAUGUCAGUGUUCUGCUUAAAGUUGAAGGUAUUGGAGGAGCCCCAGAGAUCACUGUACUGGGCACUGACUCAGGUGAGGUUUUUCUCCAGUGUGACUCUAAGGGCUGGUGGCCUGUACCUGAACUCCAGUGGCUGGACAGUGAAGGAGCAGAAGUGCCUGCUGGAGUAAAAGAGUCCCAUAGAGAUGACAGAGGCUUUAAUGUGAGACUCCACCUCACUGCAAACAGCAACAGCACCAAAACCUACAUCUGCAGAGUGAAACAGGGGCAGCAUGUGAUGGAGGAAAAGAUCGACAUUACUGGCAUUGGAACAAGCCCAGUGGUCUCUGUGGUGGGCACUGAUGCCUCAGGGGGGAUCCAGUUAGUGUGUGAAACGGGAGGCUGGACGUCUGAGCCUGAGCUGCAGUGGCUGGACAGUGAGGAAGCAGAGUUGCCUGCUGGAUGUACACAGUCUCACCACGACAGCGAGGGGUUCACUGGGAGUCACCGAAUCACCGUGUGCAGCAGUGACACCGUCUUCUACUGUAGAGUGAAGCAGCAUCCCAGGAUGAAGUCACACAUCAACAUCGUUGGUAAGGUGCUGCUCCACGCUGAAAGACACUGUUGGUUCUGAGAAGGAGCUUGUUUA